UCUAAAAGAAAAUAAUAAAAAAAAUCUGUUUUUUCAGUUUUCUCCCUCCCUGUUUAUCUGUCUUUCUUCACUCUUCUCUGUUCCUGUUUUCAACACCAACAGAGCAGAAGAGAGAUUUUUUUUCGGGUUUUAACGGAAUAUUUUGAAUGGCUCAGCUACUCUCUCCUGUAUGUACAGAUGCUCUCAAACUCCAUAACCCAUCUUUAAAUAUGUGCAAAAGAAGCUCUUGGAAGGCCACGGCCAAGAGUGGGGCUUCUUGGAGCGUGAUGGGUCGUGGUGGUCAAAGGAGAGGUUGUGGCAGAGUCAAGGUUGCAACAGGGAAUUCUGCUUCCACUGAUUCUCUUGCCGAUGAUUACUAUGCCGUUCUUGGUCUGCUUCCGGAUGCCAGACUAGAGGAGAUAAAAAAGGCCUAUUAUAAUUGCAUGAAGGCUUGUCAUCCAGACUUAAGUGGCAAUGAUCCAGAGACUACAAAUUUCUGCAUGUUCAUUAACGAGGUCUAUAGGGUUCUCAGUGACCCUGUACAGCGCAUGGUUUAUGAUGAAAUUCAUGGGUAUGCAUUGACUGCAAUCAAUCCUUUCAUGGAUGAUUCUGCCCCCAGGGAUCAUGUAUUUGUCGAUGAGUUUAGUUGCAUAGGCUGCAAAAAUUGUGCCAAUCUGGCCUCAGAUGUGUUUCGAAUUGAGGAAGACUUUGGGCGAGCCAGAGUACAUAGUCAGUGUGGGAAUCCUGAAUUAAUUGCACAAGCAAUUGAAAGUUGCCCAGUUGAUUGCAUCCAUCGGACUUCUGCAGCACAAUUAUCCUUGCUUGAAGAUGAAAUGUGCAGGGUAGACAGAGUGAAUGUGGCAUUGAUGCUUUCAGGAAUGGGAUCUGCAUCAAUGGAUGUAUUUAGAAUGGCAUGUUCUAGGUGGGAAAAGAGGCAAGCAAAAGUUCUGGAACAAGCUAAAGCAAAGAUGGCAUGGCAAAAGGAUUCUGGUAAAACCGACUCGUACUGGAGCAACCUUUGGGGCAAGCCACAGGAAUACAAGAAAUCAGAGGAGGAAGUGAAAGAGAGAGCGAGGACGGCUGCGGCAGCAGCGCGAAGAUGGAGGGAAUAUUCAAGGAGGGGUGUUGAUAAGCCUCCCACUUUUAAGCUUCCAGAGGCAGUCUCAGAUAAAGAAAACUGGAGCGUAAUUUUUCAUACCAUUUAUAUUCUUAAAAUCAAACUCAAUUAGUACGUCUACAGGGUUCCAUUGAAGAUUGAUAAUUUAUUCCUAGUGUCUCAUUUAAUCAUGUAGAAUCCGCAUGGAUCUUUCAACUGUGUAUAUAAACAUUAACCCACAUACAAGAAACGAAUAAAUAGGAAAAAUGAUUAUAGCUUA